AUGGAGAAGCUGACAGGCAUCCCGGUCUCGCCAGGCAUCGCCAUCGGGCGUGUGUUCGUGGUGGACGACCCGUCGUUCCGGAUCCCGCGCCGUUCGAUUUCUGAGGGGGCGGUGGCGGGGGAGCGGGCGCGUCUGAAGGACGCGCUGGAGAAGUCGAUCGCGGACGUCGAGUCGCUGCGUCGUGAGGCGGCGGACGAGAUGGGGACGGACGCUGCGGAGAUCUUCGCUUUUCACAGGGGGAUGCUGACGGACCCGACGCUGACGAAGCCGAUGUUCGCGCGCGUGGAGACGGACCUGGUGACCGCGGAGUACGCGGUGCAGGAGAAGUUCCGCGAGGUCGCGGAGAUGUUCAUGCGGAUGAACGAGACGGUCCGCACGAAGGUCGACGACGUGUGGGACAUCGAGCGUCGGGUGAUCAGCCACCUGGUGGGUCAGCACACGAGCGAGUUGGAGGCGGUGACGGACGAGACGGUGGUGCUCGCGGCGGACCUGACGCCGAGCCAGGCGGCGGGUUUCCGUGGGACGCCGGUGAUCGCGUUCGCGACGGACCUGGGUGGGCCGACGAGCCACACGGCGAUUUUCGCGCGGGCGCUGAACAUCCCGGCGGUGGUGGGUGCGGGUCGGAUCACGGAGCUGGCUGAGGACGGGGACACGGUGAUCGUGGACGGGUCGCGUGGUCACAUCGUGGUGCGUCCGGACGGGGCGACGAUCGAGGCGUACCGGGCGAAGCAGGAGCACGCGCUGGGGUGGCGGAAGCGUCUGAGCGAGAUCCGGGAGCUGGAGUCGGUGACGACGGACGGCGCCCGUGUGAAGCUGAUGGGGAACAUCGAGUUCGCGGACGAGGUGACGACGAUCCGGGAGAUGGGCGGGGACGGUGUGGGGCUGUUCCGGACGGAGUUUCUGUGGCUGACGUCGGACCACGAGCCGACGGAGGAGGAGCAGUACGAGCAGUACCGCGAGAGCGUGGAGCUGGCGGGCGGGGCGCCGAUCACGAUCCGGACGUACGACCUGGGCGCGGACAAGUACACGCAGGAGCGGGCGAUGAACCCGGAGCGGAACCCGUUCCUUGGGUUGCGGUCGAUCCGGUACUGCCUGCAGAACCUGGGGAUGUUCAAGCGUCACCUGCGGGCGAUCCUGCGGGCGUCGGCGCACGGGAAGGUGCGGCUGAUGUUCCCGCUGCUGACGAACCUGCGGGAAUUGCGCCAGGCGAAGAUGAUCCUGAGCGACGUGAUGAGCGAGAUGCGUGCGGAGGGGGUGGGGUACGACGAGGGGAUCGAGGUUGGGAUGAUGGUGGAAUCGCCCUCGGCGGCGGUGAUGGCCCAUUUCUUCUCGAAAGAGGUUGAUUUCUUCUCGAUCGGGACGAACGACCUGGUGCAGUACACGCUGGCGGUGGACCGGACGAACGAGCGGGUGGCGAGUUUGUACGAUCCGGCCCAUCCGGCCGUUCUGAAGCUGAUUAAGGACGUGAUCCGGGCGGCGAGGCGGGCGGAUAUCGACGUCUCGUUGUGCGGAGAGAUCGCCGGCGAUCCUUUGUAUACAAUGCUUUUGCUGGGAUUGGGUCUGCGGACCCUCUCGGCGACGCCCGGACAGAUUCCCACGCUCAAGCACGUGGUCCGGAACGUCGAUAUGGGACAUUGUGAGCGGCUGGCCCGAACGGCCUGCUCGUUCGAUUCCGAGCGUCAAGUGGCGAGUUAUCUCCGCAAGGCGCUCAAAGAGACAGUGCCCGAGAUCAUCAGCGGUCGUUCCGCGGAUGACGCGUCCAACGGCAAGCGUUCGCGGCGGCCCGAGAGCCGCGGUCCAGCGCUGCAUCGAACCGACGCCGCCACACACCAAGGGCGAGCUGCGCAUGCGCGCCGGAACGUUCACGAGAAACCGGGUCACGAAGGAUCCCACCGCGGGGGCGCUUGCGCCGAUGCGGGGGGCGAUCGUGUGCCCGGGUCUUCCGUGGCGGGCCGGUCGCGUCGCGAGCGAUCGAACAGAAAGACGCACAUGUCAAAGACACAGAUGAUCGUGAACUACGAUCCGGGCGAGGAGUGCCGCGUGGCCGUUGUUGAGGACGGCCGCCUCGAGGAGCUCCAGACGGAGCCGGCGGACCAGCUGAGCUUCGUGGGGAACAUCUACAAGGGGAAGGUGAUGAACGUGGAGCCGUCGAUCCAGGCGGCGUUCAUCGACUUCGGCUUCGAGACGAACGGGUUCCUGCACAUCUCCGACCUUCACCCGCGGUACUUCCCGGGCGAGGACGAGGAGACGACGGAGCGGAUCGGGAAGAAGACGCCGCGGAAGGAGCGUCCGCCGAUCCAGGCGUGCCUGAAGCGUGGCCAGCAGAUCACGGUGCAGGUGCUGAAGGAGGGGAUCAACACGAAGGGCCCGACGCUGACGAGCUACCUCUCGAUCCCGGGUCGGUACCUGGUGAUGCUGCCGGACAUGGACAAGGUGGGUGUGUCUCGGAAGGUGGAGGACGAGGACGCGCGUCGCGAGAUGCGGAAGGUGCUCGACACGCUCGAGCUGCCGGAGGGCUUCGGCUACAUCCUGCGGACGGCGGGGAUGGGGCGGACCAAGACGGACCUGAAGCGGGACGUGGCGUACCUGCAGCGCCUGUGGAAGGACAUCGAGAACCGGCAGAAGCGUCUGCGUGGCCCUGGCGUGCUGUACGCGGAGAGCGAUCUGCUGAUGCGUUCGCUGCGGGACGUGUGGACGAGCGACGUGAGCGAGAUCGUGAUCGACAACGAGGGGGCUCUUCAGCGGGCGAGCCGUUUCAUGAAGAUCGUGGCGCCGCGUUCGAACACGAAGCUGCUGCACUUCAACCGCGGGGAGCCGAUCUUCCACGCGUACGACAUCGAGGAGCAGAUCGCGCGGAUCCACUCGCGCGAGGUGCCGCUGCCGUCCGGCGGGUCGCUGGUGAUCGACGAGACGGAGGCGAUGAUCGCGAUCGACGUGAACUCCGGGAAGAUGCGUUCGAACAAGGACGCGGAGACGACGGCGUACAAGACGAACUGCGAGGCGGUGGACGAGAUCUGCCGGCAGCUGCGUCUGCGUGACAUCGGCGGGCUCGUGCUGUGCGACUUGAUCGAUAUGAUCCACCGGUCCAACCGGCGGCAGAUCGAGACGCGUUUCCGGGACCGUCUGAAGCGCGACCGCGCGGCGACGCGGGCGCUGCCGAUCAGCCAGUUCGGCAUCGUGGAGAUGACGCGCCAGCGUGUGCGCGGGUCGAUGCAGAGCACGCACUACACGAGCUGCCCGACGUGCACGGGGCGGGGCAUGGUGCAGAAGCCGGGCCCGGUCGCGACGUGGGCGCUGCGCGAGCUGAGCGCGCUGCUCCAGCACAACAAGGUCGGGAAGAUCGAGAUGGUGGUGGCGCCGCGUGUGGCGGGCGAGUUCCUCUCGCGCCGACGCCGGCAGCUCACGCACCUGGAAUCGAUCACGGGCAAGGACAUCGCGGUGCGCAUCAGCGACGACAUCGCGGCGGACCGGGUGAUCUUCUACGCGUACGACGAGAAGGGCUCGGACAUCAACAUCGAGAAGCUCGAGCACCCGAAGCCGCCGCGGAACCUCAAGGUGUGGGAGUACGACCCCAAGCGGGACGAGGAGUUCCCGAUGGACGCGCUGGCGGGCGUUCCGUACGAGGAGAUCGACGAGGAGGAGGACGGCGAGGCGGAGGCCUCGUCGGGCGGCUCUUCCGAGAGCGGCGACGGCGCUGGGACGGGCAAGAAGCGCCGCCGGCGUCGCCGGGGCGGCCGCGGCCGCCGGCGCGGGGACGGCGCCGAGGGCGAGGGCGGCUCGGGGCGCGACGCGUCGGGCGAGUCCGCGUCCGAGGAGCCGAAGGCUGAUGAGGCGCGUGAUGAGCCGAAGCGUGAGUCCGACGAGGGCGGCGAGGAGCGUUCGGGUCGGCGUCGCCGGCGUCGGGGCGGUCGUCGGCGUCGCGGGUCGGGGGACCGCGAGGGCGCGCCGUCGGGCGAGGCGUCGAGCGACGGGACGGCCUCUCCGAAGGGCGAGGUCGAUCACGAGGCGGACGUCGAGUUCGAGGCGAAGCCGCUGGACGACCUGAUGGGUCGUGAGGACUCGUGGGACCUGACGCCGGAGGAGAUCGAGGAGAUCAACAAGCUUCGAAAGACGCCGAUCAAGGCGUCGGCCGCGGGCAAGCCCACCGCUGCGCCCGAGCCCGAGCCCGAGCCGGAAUCCGAAACGGAGGAGGAGCCGGAGGCCGUCGUCGAGCCGGAGGCGGAGACGCCCGAGGAGGACGCGGUCGCGGACGAGGCCCCCGCGGACGAAGCCCCCGCGGAUCAAGAGGUUGUCUCGGACGAGGCGCCGAAGCCGGCUGCGAAGAAGAAGACGCGGAAGCGUCCUUCGCGGAAGAAGAAGGCGACGGCGUCGAAGGGCGAGGAGGGCGGCGACGGCGAUGCCGCGUCGUCCGAGGAGCCGAAGCCGGUGACGAAGAAGAAGACGACGCGGAAGAAGUCGACCCGCAAGAAGAGCACGGCGAAGGCGACGGAGAAGUCGUCCGAGGAGAAGGGGUCUUCACCGAAGCCGACGAAGAAGAAAAAGACGGCGCGGCGGACUCGGAAGAAGGCUUCCGAGACGUCGGACGGCGGCGGCGGAUCGAAGACGAAGGCGCCGUCGAAGGACGUUCCGGCGCACGAGAUCAAGCCGAAGGCGGAGGUGCGUCCGCUGUACGGUUCGCGCCGGCACGGACGGAUGAUUGACAACGCGCUGAAUCUCCUGCUGAUCGUGGUCGGGUUCGGUCUGGUGAUCGUGGUGCACGAGCUGGGCCACUUCCUGGCGGCGCGGUGGGCGGGGAUCCGCGUGCACGCGUUCGCGGUGGGGUUCGGUCAGGCGGUGUGCUCGUACCGGAAGGGGAUGGGUUUCCGGAUGGGCUCGACGGAGCCGGAGUACGUGCGGCGCUUGAAGAAGCUGGGCGAGCGUCCCGAUCGGGGCGAUCUUCCGAACGUGAGCGCGACGGAGUACCGGCUGAACUGGAUCCCGUUCGGCGGGUACGUGAAGAUGCUGGGCCAGGAGGACAUGGACCCGGCGGCGCGGAGCGACGCGCCGGACGCGUACAACAACAAAUCGGUCGGCAAGCGGCUGGUGGUGAUCAGCGCGGGGGUGGUGAUGAACGUGCUGCUCGCGGCGGUGCUGUUCGUGAUCGUGUUCCUCGCGGGGAUGAGCACGCCGCCGGCGAUCGUGGGGGACGUGCUUCCGGAUGGCCCGGCGGCGAGCGCGGGGGUGCGGCCGGGCGACGUGAUCCGGACGAUCAACGGGCGCGAGGUGGACCAGUUCGCGGAGCUGGCGAUGAUCGCGGCGAUGACGCCUCGCGGCAGCGCGGUGGAGCUGACGGUGGAGCGUCCGGGUGUCGCGGGCGAGCUGGAGAUCUCGAUCGAGCCGGCUCGUGACCGCGAUUCGAAGCUGAUGCAGCUGGGCGUGUACUCGGCGUUUUCGAACGAGAUCUGGGCGGAGGACAGCGGGGGCACGGUGCGUGCUGUGCUGGAUUCGCUGGGUCUCGGCGCGGUCGAGCUCGGGGCGACGCUCGAGUCGGUCGGCGGCGAGGCGGUGGAGCCGGUGGACGUGACGGGGUACGCGCAGGUGCGCACGGCGGACGCGUUGCGAACGGCGAUCGAGUCGAGCGGUGGCGGGGGCGUGUCUCUGCGAUUCGAGAACCCGGACGGGCGCGUGGUGGACGCGACGAUCGAGCCGGAGCCGUCGUACCAGACGGCGAGCGUGCCGCUGGGCGAGAACACGGUGUACGACAUCGACCACCUGCUGGGCCUGGCGCCGGCGAUGGGGGUUCGUUCGACGGCGGAGCGUGGCGAGGCGGCGGGUCUGCGCACGGGCGACGUGUUCGUGCGCGUGGGGAACGCGGUGUGGCCGAACCUGGCGGAGGGGAUCGCGCAGAUCCGGGCGCACGCGGGUCGGGAGAUCGAGCUGACGGUCAUGAGAGACGGCGCGGCGGUGAAGCUGACCGCGCCGGUGGACUCCCAGGGGACGGUGGGGUUCAUCCCGGAGGAGCGGUUCGGUGACAACCGCGUCGCGUCGCUGCCGGAGAUGGGUGCGUCGGGGGAUGCGCUGGCGGCGUCGAGGCUCUCGCCCGCGCCGAUCCCGGGGUCGCGUCUGAUCGGGGUGGAGGCUGCCGGGGGUGGCGAGCCGGCGAUCGAAACGGUGGAGCUGACGCUCUCGCCGGGGGAGAUCGCGUCGGUGCAGGGGCUGGGGUGGGACGCGUCGCGUCACCUCGCGGUGUUCCGGACCGCCACGUACCUGCGGCAGGCGCAGAACCCCGCGGAGGCGGUGGUGAUGGGCGUCGCGGCGACGCGGGACAUGCUCGUGCGGACGUACAUCACGUUCCUGCGUCUGUUCGACGGGACGGUGCGCGUGGAGCACCUGCGCGGGCCGGUGGGCAUCGCGGACGUUGGCGUGCAGUUCGCGAGCCAGGGGAUCGUGUACCUGCUGUACUUCCUGGCGCUGAUCAGCGCGAACCUGGCGGUGAUCAACUUCCUGCCGGUUCCGUUCGUGGACGGCGGGCACGCGGUGUUCCUGGUGAUCGAGGGGAUCAUGCGGAAGCCGGUUCCGGUGGUGAUCCAGAAUUACGCGACGCUCGCGGGGCUCUUCGCGAUCAUGGCGGUGUUCCUGAUCGUGACGUUCAACGACAUCACGCGGCUCCAUCCGCCGCGACGGACGGACGCGUGGGCGGUGUCGCGGGGGGUGGCGAGCGAGCCGGGUGAGCUGGACCACCCGCUGGGGUGCAGGCCGUUUUCGCUCUCGCUGGAAUUGAAGGGGCGUGUGCGGGAGUACCCGGCGUGGGAGGUGGAGGGUGAGGACCCGGGGGGGCCGGUGGUGAUCAUGACGCCGGGGUGGGGGAGCUCGCGGAUCGGGAUGCUGAUCCGGAUGGCGCCGUUCGGGGGCGUGGCGUCGAAGAUCAUCGCGUGGGACCCGCCGGGGCACGGGGAGGCGCCGGGGCGGUGGACGAUGGGCGUUCACGAGCCGGCGAUGCUGCUGGCGAUCGCGGACGAGAUGCGCGCGGCGUACGGGAAGAGGUGCGUGCUGUUCGGGUCGUCCGCUGGUGGCGGGGUGAGCGUGGUGGCGGCGGCGAUGGACGCGGAGAGACCGGAGGAUGAGCGGUCGGUGUGCGGGGUGAUCGCGGAGGCGCCGUAUCGGUUCGCGCCGGAGCCCGCGGAGAAGGACGGGCGGGAGAUCGCUCGUCGGGCGGGUGGGGAGAUCGUGGUUGUGGAGGGCGGGGGGCACAAUGAUCUGUGGGUGAACGGGGUGUAUCGGGGGGUUUGCGAGGGGGCGGUGGAGGGGUUCCUUUUGAAAAUGGCCAGAUAG